AUGAGGCUCGCUGCCUAUGCUGGAACGUCCGCGCUGGUGGCAGCCGGUGCUUUACUGAAGGCUUUCCACCAGCGACCCAAUUUCUAUUCGGCCACCGUCUACCUGUCACAGAGCAACGCCUGUGUUCUUAUUCUUACGAACCUCGCUCUGGUUACGGCCUGCAGCUUCAUCUAUGGCCUCCAGCGUCUCUUCUACGGGCCCCUCCGCCCCAUCGAGAUCGAGCACCUCUCGGAGAAGGCCUGGUAUGCCGUUCUCGACACACUCCUGGCCAUGCCCUCGCUUAGGGACGAGGUUGGAGGCUGGAUGCUUGCUGUCUUUGUCCUUCUACUGGCUGGCAAGGUCUGGAGCUGGAUCGGCGAAGGUCGUGUCGAUAUCCUGGAGCAGCAACCGCCACAGAACCCUCGUCUGUUCCACAUACGUCUCGCUUCAUCGCUACUCGUAUCUUUCGCCUUCAAUGCAGCUAUGCUUCGAUACUGCAUCGCAAACGUUAGAGACGAUCCGCGCCCUGGUAUGAUGGUCAUCUUUACCUUCGAAUUCGCCAUCCUCUGGAUCUUUUCUUUCUUCACCUUGUCGCGCUACCUUCUAUCUUUGUUCGAAGCACGUAUACUCAAGCAACAGACAAAGGCCAAGAUGGACGAGAGGAGGGCUGAAAUACGUACCGAAAGAGAGCGUCUCGAGCGAGAGCGCGAAGAGUCCACUGAUCCCGAGAGCUUACCUCCCUUGCCCAGCGAAGAGGAUGUCGACGAGAACGAGAUCGACGUUCCGGGCUGGGAAGAGAAGCGCCGAUGGCUGUUUGGUCUAGAGCUUGCUAUAGAUUUCAUCAAGCUCAUUGUCUACACCGUCUUCUUCGGCAUCUCUUUGACCUUCAUGGGACUGCCCAUGCAUAUCAUUCGCGACGUCUAUUUGACUUUUGCAUCCUUCGUCAAGCGCGUCCAGGACUACAACAACUAUCGCAAGGCCACUCAGAAUAUGAACAGUCGUUACCCGGAUGCUACCAGCGAGGAGUUGGCCAACGACAAUACCUGCAUCGUCUGCAGAGAAGUCAUGGUGCCAUGGGUUCAGCCCGAUGCUGCAGGGGCCCCCAGGCCUAGUGUCACGAACGAGGGUAUGCGCGCCAAGAAGCUGCCAUGUGGCCAUAUCCUUCAUUUGCGCUGCCUCAAGGCUUGGUUGGAGCGACAGCAAGCCUGUCCAACGUGUCGUCGCCCGGUCAUUCCUACUGGCGCUUCCGUUACCGAUCGUCCAGGUGCCGGUAACCAGAAUGCUGGUGGCGCUGCUAAUGGUGGCGUACAGCAAGGUGGUAAUGCUCAAGCUGGUGUUCCUAAUGUAGGUAACGCCAACGUCAAUCGUCCAGCUCAGCCCAGACUGCGGAUGCUCAAUCUUGGCCCGAUCCGCAUUGGAGUGUACAAUGGACCCGCCAAUCGUGUGCAAGAUGCGCUGAAUCAAAGACGAGCACAAGACAAUGGUAACGCUGCUGGCAGCGCAGUUCCUGGAAUUGGAGGAAUGGCCGGAGUCAGAUCACAGGACACUCAGAUCCAACUUCUUCAGGUUGAGGAGCGAUUGAUGCAGGAAGCUCGUCGUUUGCAAGUCGAACAGGCUCAGCUCGCAACGGUGCGCGCUUUGGAAGUAGAAUUGGCAAGACUGCGCGCCCACCACAGCAACAACCCAGUCGGAGGUGGCGCACCUGGCCCAUCAGCUGGUGCAACGUCCAAUCCCUUCCCAGCCUUCAACACGAUGGGUCCAGGCACUGGAUUUGCACCACCACAGGCAUUUCAACCUGGCCCUGGACAGGCACCGAUGACGCAGGGACACGAGGGACUACCGCCCGGUCUUGUGUUACCUGAAGGCUGGACGCUCGCGCCUCUUCACAGAGUCGAGGGUACUGCUCAGCUUGGUGGGACCAUGCCACAGACACAGACACAAUCUCCAGCACCUACGCCUACAGUAGUAGUACCGGCGCCCGACGUCGUAAGUCCGCAGGAAGGAGCAGAGCAACAGGUAGCCUCGAGCAUCUUGGAGAACAUCGCUGCCAAUCAAUCGGUCGAGCAAAGCACACAUGAAUUUAUGACACAAGCCGGAUCGGCUGAACACAAUGGGGACAUUGCGGUACCGCCAGCCCUACAGGGUGUUUCUACUUUGGACCAAGCUGAACAAGAGCCUUCGAGUGUCAGCAAUCUGAUUGAUACUGCCGAGCCAGCUUCUGUUGAGGCUCCUGUUGAAGUCUCAGUGGACGCUUCAUCACAAUCCAAGCCCAGCGUACCAGCAACUCAUCCUCCUGGGUGGGGAGAGAGCUCAAGCUGGAACUUUGACAAUGUUGAAGGCGAGGGCAGCACUGAGCAGACGGAACCCGAAGAGCCGCCCAGAGACAAGGGCAAGGGUAGGGCAGUGACUGUAGAGGAUGUGGAGGACACCGAACAGUGA